UCCGCACGUCUUACCCGGCCGCCUUCCGUUUCGCGUUCUGGAAGUUUGUCCCCCGCGCGGAGCCGUCUCCGCUCCGCCGCCGCUGCCAUGGCGGCAGCUCCGCCGCUCUCCAAGGCCGAGUAUCUGAAGCGUUACUUGUCCGGGCCGGACGCUGGCGUCGACGGAGCCUCCGAGUCCUGUCGCAAACGGCGAAAAAAGCGUCCGAAACCUGGCGGGUCCGGCAGCAAGGGAAUGCGAAUUGUGGAUGAUGAUGUGAGCUGGACGGCUAUUUCUACCACUAAGUCAGACAAGGAGGAUGAGGAUGAUGAUGGAGAUUUGCCUGUGGUGGCUGAAUUUGUUGAUGAACGUCCAGAGGAGGUAAAGCAGAUGGAGGCCUUUCGUUCCAGCGCUAAAUGGAAGCUUCUGGGAGGCCACAGUGAAGACCUACCGUCACAUGGACAUUUCCGUCACGACACCCCAGAUCCCUCCCCUCCUAGAAGGGUCCGUCAUGAUACCCCAGAAACCUCCCCUGCUAGAAGGGUCCGUCACGACACCCCGGAUCCCUCCCCUCCUAGAAGGGUCCGUCACGACACCCCGGAUCCAUCCCCUCCUAGAAGGGUCCAUCAAGACACCCCGGAUCCCUCCCCUCCUAGAAGGGUCCGUCAUGAUACCCCAGAAACCUCCCCUGCUAGGAGGGUCCGUCACGACAGCCCGGAUCCCUCCCUGCCUAGGAGGGUCCGUCAUGACACCCCGGAUCCCUCCCCUCCUAGGAGGGUCCGUCACGACAGCCCGGAUCCAUCACCCCCAAGAAGGGCCCAUCAUGACUCGGUCACAUCUUCCAGGAGGGUCCACCAUGACUCAUCAGAUACUUUGCUCCCCAGGAAGUCUCAUCAUAAUUCUUCAAGCCAUCAUGGCUCCUCAAGUAUCCCUUCCCCGAGAAGGGCCCACAAUUCCCAUGAUGCAUCUCAAUCGAGGAGGACUCUUGACUCCUCAGAUCCACGGCAUCUCAGGAGGACCCGUCAUGACUCCCCUGAUUUGGCAUCUAAAGUCGCUCAUUCACUAUCUAGAACCCAAAGUAGUAAGGUUCCAAAAAGCACCUCUAGCAGGACUUCUCCACACUGGAAGGAGCCAGAACCCUCUGAUUCCUUACAUUCCAAGAACAGAAAAUAUGUGCAUGACCAGGACCUUUCUCCUCCUCGAAAAAAACAAGCAAAAUCCCACUUCGGAGAUAAGAAGCAGAUUGAUUCUAAAGGUGAUUUCCAGAAAGCCUCUGAUUCAGAUCUUUCUCCUCCACGGCAUAAACAAAAGCCAGCUCAUCAGGAUUCGGAUUCAGAUCUGUCACCUCCACGGAACAGACCAAGACACCAAAACUCUGAUUCUGACCUCUCACCACCAAGGAGGAAACAGAAGACCAAAUCUUCUGAUUCUGAUCUGUCUCCACCUCGAAGGAGUCAGCCUACUGGAAAGAAGGCUACACACAUGUAUUCUGGGGCUAAAACUGGGUUGGUGUUAAGUGGCAUUCAGCAAGAGCAGCAAGAACUCCAGAAACAGGACCAAAGAACCAUGGCAUUUGAAGCUGAAUUUCAGUUUGCUGAACCUGUAUUUCGAGACAAGUUUGGUCGUAAGAAGAACUUGAAACUGGCACGGUUAGAGCAAAGGAGAAAAGCAGAAAAAGACUCAGAACAAGAUGAACUGUAUGCCCAGUGGGGAAAAGGUCUUGCCCAGAGCCGCCAACAGCAACAAAAUGUGGAGGAUGCAAUAAAGGAGAUGCAAAAACCUCUGGCCCGCUAUAUUGAUGAUGAAGAUCUGGAUCGGAUGCUACGAGAACAAGAAAGAGAGGGGGACCCUAUGGCCAACUUUAUCAAGAAGAGUAAAGCCAAGGAGAAUAAGAAUAAAAAAGAAAGGCCUCGCUACAGUGGCCCAGCCCCUCCUCCCAACAGAUUCAGUAUCUGGCCUGGAUAUCGCUGGGAUGGAGUGGAUAGAUCCAAUGGUUUUGAACAGAAGCGCUUUGCCAGGCUUGCCAGUAAGAAGGCAGUGGAGGAACUUGCCUACAAGUGGAGUGUUGAGGACAUGUAAUUCUCUGAGUCUGUGUCGGUGUUGUGGGUUGUGGUAGUGGCAUGGGACAGCCAGACAUCCAGCCUAAGCAGCUGUCUAUGCUCAUAAUUAGGGCCCACACAGACCAGUGACUCGCUGAGUACAAGUUUGACACAGAAGAAUGUUACAGACCUGACCUUUGGGUGCUCCAGCCUUGUCUGUGGGUGGCUUUCAUAGGAAUCCGUGAUUUCUACAUACCAGGGUUUGUUCUUGGCUAGGUUCUUUUCUUUUCCACUUUCAAAUAAACAUAUUUAUUUUUUUA